UGGACAGUUAUUGUUUUGUCCGAUUGUUUACAGUAUGGUUGUGCGUGGAUUUGUGUAUGGUUAUUAGUGCAUUUAACUUUUGAAGUGAUUGUAUAAACAUUUUGUAUGUAUGCCUCCGAACGUUAACGUCCGUUUGAAAGCAGGAUGGCAGAUACAGAUCGUUACGGGAAAGUGAGAAUGUCAGUGGACCAGUCACAAAGUUUAGAUUCAAUCGCCACCAAACGUAGAAGUAGUUCCCGUUCGAUAAAACGACGUCGGUUUGAUGAUGAGCUUGUGGAAUCCAGUCUUGGGACUGCGGGCUCCUUGGGAAAAGUGGCAAGAGCUCGAGCCCAGUCAAUAUCCAGCCCUGGAUUAGACUACUGCGUGAAGGAUGUAGAAAUAGGCACCCCUGGCAUACAGAAGCAACUGAAAGAGUUUAAAACAAAGGCAAUGAGUUCUGCUGCGACUACUCCAGCCAGUACUGUCACUCCUUCCUCGACUGUGUCCGUGCCACCCGAAAAUCGGCAGAGACGUACGGGCGGUUCGGCCAGUGGACGCACAGGGGGCUCAGCCGGUAGUCGUCGCAAUAAGAGGCCGCGUCAUUCCCAUUCAGUCGCCACGAAGGAUCUCGGUCGUUGGAAGCCUACUGAUGAUCUUGCUCUGAUUACCAAUGUUCAGCUGACCAGUGAUUUGCGUACAGUGCACCGAGCUACUAAGUUCUCGUGCCGCUUCACUGUGCAAGAAAUCCAGCAGCGCUGGUACGCCUUACUGUAUGACCAAGCUGUCUCACGUGUCGCCGUGGCUGCCAUGCGAAAUCUCCACCCUGAAAUCGUAGCAGCUGUUCGCAGCCGUGCUCUUUUUAGCAAGGCUGAAGAGCAGUUGCUGCAGACCAUUAAAUCGGCUUCAAAUCCCACAAUUGACGUAUUUCAAGAAUUGCUGGAGCAAAAUGCCCAAGUAUUUUAUCCAGCACGGACAGCAAAGUCACUUUACAAUCACUGGAACUUGAUGAAGCAGUAUCAUCUCCUACCUGAUCAGACUGUUCAAGCUGUUCCAAGGGGUGAGCAUGUGCUAAACUUCUCAGAUGCUGAAGAUCUGAUACAAGAUGGUGAUCUAGGAGAUCCUCCAGAUGAGGCAGUCGAAUUUGAAUUAGCGAGGUCUGAUAGGUUGAUUAAGAAAGAAAUCCGUUCUCUGGAGAAUGAGAUGGGAAACUGGCAAGUUCUUGUAGACUCAGUAACUGGUAUUAGUCCUCCCGAUUUUGACAAUCAAACCUUAGCUGUUUUGCGUGGACGGCUUGUAAGAUAUCUAAUGAGAUCUCGAGAAAUUACAAUGGGUCGAACAACGAAAGACAGCAGUGUGGACGUAGAUCUUUCGUUGGAGGGCCCAGCGUGGAAGAUAUCUCGACGACAGGGUACCAUUAGGUUACGAAACAAUGGAGAUUUUUUCCUGUCUAGUGAGGGGAAAAGGCCGAUAUACGUCGAUGGCAGACCGAUACUUGCAGGCAAUAAGUAUCGACUGAACAACAAUUCUGUUAUUGAAAUUGCGGGUCUUCGCUUCAUCUUCCUUGUUAACCAGGAGCUGAUCAAUGUGAUUCGCCAUGAGGCAGCUAGACUCAACCUCCAGCCAUAAUAUAUCCUCUUUUUGUGGCAAUUUUGUGUGUGUGUGUGUGUGUGUGUGUGUGUGUGUGUGUGUGUGAGAGAGAGAGAGAGAGAGAGAGAGAGAGAGAGAGAGAGAG